AAACAUUAUAGCUGACAUUUUUCUUCUUUACUAACAGAAGGUGAGAAUCUUGUCAACAAGCUUCUGAAGUAACAGAUGACCACCCAUCAGACUACAGAGGGGUCUUUAUUGCACCCAGGCUGGAAUUAGCCCAAAGAUACUACUUGGGGCUUACAAUGAACAACAGCACUGCUGAGUGCCAUGAUGAUCACACUCUGGAUAAAUAUUUGUUUCCAUUUGUGUACAGCGUUGUGAUGAUGAUCAGUGUCCCCAUCAACUGCAUAUCCCUCUAUUCAUCUUGCAUUCAGGUGAGGAAAAAGAAUGAGUCAGCAGUCUAUAUCUUUAGCCUAUCUCUAGCUGACCUUUUGUACUCUUUGAUUCUACCUCUGUGGAUUAAUUAUGCCUGGAAUGGAGAUGACUGGAGACUCUCUGCCUCACUUUGUCAGGUUUCUGCCUUCCUUAUGUAUAUGAAUUUCUACACCAGCACCGCGUUCCUUGCUUGCAUCUCUGUUGACAGGUACCUGGCAUUAGUUCACCCCUUGAAGCUCCAGCACUUGCGCACGAGAAGAUUUUCACUGAUUGUCAGCGUAACUGUUUGGCUUCUGGAAAGCAUCCUGAAUUCAGUCAUAUUGGUGUACAAAGAAGUAUUCAGUGAUCCCUGCAAUUUCACUAAUCAUACAUUAUGUUAUGAUACAUACCCCCUGGAAGGGUGGCAGGCACGGAUAAAUUUACUUCGGAUAUGCUCAGGGUACUUGGUCCCUUUGAUAAUCAUUGUGUUUUGCUACCAUAAAAUCUACCAAGUAGUGAAGUGUAACCAAGCCACACUAGAUGAAGAAAAGAAAAAAGUGAGGAAACUUAUUCUGAAUAUCACAGUUAGUUUCAUUGUUUGCUUCACUCCAUAUCACAUUAUAUUGCUUAUUCGCAGCAUCAGAGAACCUUCCACCACUGACCCACACCUUUUGCUGCCGAUGUAUAAGGUUUACAGAAUCACACAGGCCCUAACAAGUUUGAAUUGCAUUGCGGACCCCAUUCUUUACUGCUUUUUGAGUGAAACUGCACAAACACACAUUCUGAAUGUGCUGAGGUGCUGCUUGUGCCUACGAAAGCGUGAGGAAGACCAAGUGAAAGACCAUGCUCUGUGCAGUUCUGCUACAAAAAGCAGUGCCCUGAUCACCUGCAGAACUUCCUGUGAAAUGGAGAUGUCAAAAAAGCCUGAGUGAGCACAUUCAAAGCAAAAUUGGAUGACCUAAAGGGAAAAGAAAGAAAAAUUCUUCUCCAGUCUGUACUUAGGAAAUACCCCAAAAGUUAGAGAUGCCAAUCUAAAAAAAACCAGUAGUUGGAGCCAAUAAGAACUUACUGUAGGAUCAAUGAAAUCAAUGGAGCAUGAACACGUAUCUUUAAAUCAGGUAUGGUACAUAAAUCAAGGGCAACAAACACAUGCACAGUCAAUAAGAAUGACCAUGACAUGACAGAAUUACUGAGGAUUCCCCACAGAACUGCCUUCUAUUGCAGUUUGCUAGCUAGCCCACAAGAUGGGCAUUCAUGUACUCAGCUGGAGGAAGGCUGAAG